AUGGCGGGCGGCGGCGCUCCGCCGUCUGCGCUGCUCCGUGCCAUCAACGCGCUCCUCCUGCAGCGCCGCUACCGCGCCGCGCUCGCCGUCCUUAAGGGCUUCCGCAACGGGGCCGUGUAUGGAGCAAAAAUUCGUGCUCCGCAUGCCCUGGUGAUGACUUUCCUGUUCAGGAGUGGAAGUUUAAGAGAGAAAUUGAAAUCGAUUGCUCAGGCCACGUACACUCAUUCCCGGAACUUGGCGUAUUUUGUGUUCACCUACAAGGGGCUGAUGGCGUUGCAGUCCCGACUACAGGGGAAAAAAAUUCCAUUUCAUUCUUUCUUUGCAGCCUGCAUUGGGGGUUGGUUAGUGUUCGGUGAGAACAAUCCCAUCAACAGCCAGAUCAUUAUGUACCUGCUGUCUCGCAUCCUGUUUGGCCUGUCUCGCCUGGCCGUGGAGAAGGGCUGCAUCCCACAGCCCAAGCAGGAUCCCUUCCCGCUUGUCGCAGCUCUGGUGUGGGGAACAGUUCUCUGGCUCUUUGAGUACCACCGGCAGACCCUGCAGCCUUCUCUGCAGGCCUCCAUGACCUACCUGUAUGAUGACAGCAACGUGUGGCACGACGUUUCUGACUUCCUCAUUUAUAACAAAAAGCCUGAGAGCAAAUAGUCGGCUCGUUGUACAACGCCUGUGGAGCGGAUGGUGCCUUCCAGCAGCUAAGGGAAAAGGCGGUUCUCUUGCUCUUGGCUGAUGAAUGUGUUUGAAUUAACACCUAUCAAGGAGAGUUGCCUCUUGUGUCCUCAUCAAAAUAUUCUCAUUCAUCUUCUGUUAGCUCUGUUUAGAGCUGCUAAAUACCCCACGGAAACUUAUUACAGUGCCUCAGGGAGAGUAAAAUGCCUUGGGAACCUUCAGUAAAAUCAGUCUUCUUUUCAAGAGACCUUAUUUUUCUUUGGUUUUGUUUGCUUAUUGUAUUUCCUAAAAAGGAAAAAAAGAAAAAAAAAAAAAAGCACUUUUAAUAUGACAACUUGACAGUAAGUGGGGAAUAGAUCUAAUCAUGGAAGCAAUGUUCUGGGCAUUAUCUGAAUGCUUGCGAGGUGGAAAGGCUUUUCUGUGCUGCUGCACUCAUGUAGUGGUGAGAUGGGAGUUGGGGACCUGCUUGGUUCUGAAAGCAAGGAUGUUUUUUCUUGAUUUCAAUGUAAGACAGGAAAUGCAGUGCAAACCGUUGCAGGGAUAGCUGUGUUCUCCCUAGGAGAGUUCCUCUGCAGUUUUCUCUCUGGGAGACUGAAUCAAAGCAUGAAGUCUCUCUGAUACAAGCCCUGUAAAUAUUCUUGCUCAGUUCCUCUCAUGCACUUGGGAUCAAUCUGUUCCUCUACAGAGCACACUAAUUAAUACCCUGCAAUUCCUUAAAACUUUUUGAUCAAGCUUUUAAAAGCUGAUUGAACUAAACACCCAAACCCCCCGUGCUACUUAAGGCUCCUUUGUAAGCAGGCUGAGGCACAUUGCCUGCCCUCAGAUAGAACUCUCUUUGUAUGUAGCAGUGACACUUCUUAACAAGCACUUUAAGUUUGGUGGAGGAUCACCUGGGUUACUCUUAGGUUCAGAAUUCCCCCACCACAGCUGUGGGGUGCAUUAACUGCAAGCAGACCUGGAUGUCCCUGUUGUUACUGCAGUCUUGCUGCUGCACCAUGGAGCAUGGAGGUACCAAUGGUCUCCCUUCUAAAACUGCACUGCUGAGUGCCAGGAGCAGCACACAGUGGGUUUUCACAGAGGGCCGACUGGGCAGCUGAGAAGUGCUCCAUUUCAUCAAGAACAGCUGUUUUCAAGUUUGUACCAUCAAACUGUUAACACUAUGAAUUACUGAUAGUGCUGUAUGACCAUUCACAUAAUGAUGUGCAUUAAAAUAAUUCCUGACGUGCUGGUUUUAUGUGGUGAUAUCA